UGGCUGUGGCCAGUGAGCAGUGGGCCAUGCCGGGGGCAGUGGAAGCCCCCGCUUGGAAGCAAGCAGAGGACAUUAGGGACAUUUACGACUUCCGGGAUGUUCUGGGCACGGGGGCCUUCUCAGAGGUUAUCCUGGCAGAAGAUAAGAGGACUCAGAAGUUGGUGGCCAUCAAAUGCAUCACCAAGAAGGCCCUGGAGGGCAAGGAGGGCAACAUGGAGAAUGAGAUUGCUGUCCUGCACAAGAUCAAGCACCCCAACAUCGUAGCCCUGGAUGACAUCUAUGAGAGUAGGGGCCACCUGUACCUCAUCAUGCAGCUGGUGUCAGGCGGGGAGUUGUUUGAUCGCAUCGUGGAGAAAGGCUUCUACACAGAGCGGGACGCCAGCCGCCUCAUCUUCCAGGUGCUGGAUGCCGUCAAGUAUCUACACGACUUGGGCAUCGUCCAUCGGGACCUCAAGCCGGAGAAUCUGCUCUACUACAGCCUGGAUGAGGACUCCAAGAUCAUGAUCUCGGACUUUGGCCUCUCCAAGAUGGAAGACCCAGGCAGUGUGCUGUCUACUGCUUGUGGGACACCAGGAUACGUGGCCCCUGAGGUCCUGGCCCAGAAGCCCUACAGCAAGGCUGUGGACUGCUGGUCCAUCGGCGUCAUCGCCUACAUCCUGCUCUGUGGUUACCCCCCCUUCUAUGACGAGAAUGAUGCCAAGCUCUUUGAGCAGAUUUUGAAGGCCGAGUAUGAGUUCGACUCUCCUUACUGGGAUGACAUCUCUGACUCUGCCAAAGAUUUUAUCCGGCACCUGAUGGAGAAGGAUCCAGAGAAGAGGUUCACCUGUGAGCAGGCCUUGCAGCACCCAUGGAUUGCAGGGGACACAGCUCUGGAUAAGAAUAUCCACCAGUCAGUGAGCGAGCAGAUCAAGAAGAACUUUGCCAAGAGCAAAUGGAAGCAAGCCUUCAAUGCCACAGCUGUAGUGAGACACAUGAGGAGGCUGCAGCUCGGAACCAGCCAGGAGGGGCAGGGCCAGCCAGCCAGCCACGGGGAGCUGCUGGUCCCAGCUGCAGGGCCAGCAGCAGGCUGCUGCUGUCGAGACUGCUGUGUGGAGUCGGGUCCAGAGCUUCCCCCUACGCUGCCCCACCAGCUCUAGGCCCUGGAGCUAGGGUCAGGACCCCCUGCCUGGGCAGGGUUGGGGGCAUUCUAAUCCCCUUCCCUAGCCCUCCCCACUCCCUCUCCUGCUUCUCCAUUGCAUUUUCCAUACAAAAGUUUCUAUUUUAUUGUUCCUUCUUGUAAUAAAGGAAGAGGAUAAAACCA